AUGCCGUCCAACACGUCUAUCAGUAUUCAUGGCUCAGGUCCGCAAAACAUCUCGUCCGGCGACGGGCCUCAAUAUAACAACAAUGCGAGCGGCAUACAGAUUAAUUCCGGUAAUUUUGUCGGAUUCAAUCCCUUCCGUGAAUUCGCUGAGGCGGGGGGGUUGCCAAUGGAAAAUCGAGGUGGUAUGCCCAGCAACGACCAGCCACGUUGUCGUGAGGAUUUCCAUGUUGCAAUCAUUUGCACAUUACCUCUCGAGCACGAUGCCGUUUCACUAGUCUUUGACCAGUUCUGGGACGAAGACGGAGAUUCGUAUGGCCGCGCGCAUGGAGAUACAAACACGUACACAACCGGGCAUAUUGGGAAGCAUAACGUUGUGCUGGCACUUCUCCCCAACAUGGGCACAGCUUCUGCAGCUGGAGCGGCGGCUAACUUCAGGUCAAGCUAUUCCGCAGUGAAGCUUACGCUUCUUGUGGGAAUAUGUGGCGGCGUACCGGGCACGGGCAUGGACGAAAUACUGUUAGGCGACGUAGUCAUUAGCAAAACGGUGAUUCAGCAUACCCUGGGUGGACAAUACCCUAACGAAUUCGUGACCAAAGACACAGUAUACGACAACCUCGGCCGACCGAAUAAAGACAUUCGCACUCUAAUCGCCAGUUUUGAAACUGAGCGUGGACGAAGACAACUGCGGCAGAAGGCCGGACAAUAUCUAAGAGACUUACAAUCCGCAGCAAUAAAAGAGAGGCCGAUGCAGUUACCGAUAUCCCGGUGUGGGCGAGGACAAGCUAUUUGCGGCCAGCUAUCGCCAUAA